AUGGCUCUCCGAAAGCUGGCGCCCGCCGCCGCCAGCACUUCCAGCUUGGCCGGUGCGUUGGGAAACCCAGGUACAGCGCACUACGAGUACAGGGGCCACAACCGCGCUGAGUUCGUCGCAAUGUACUACAUCCCCAUCUCACUCCUGUCUCCCCACGACCCGACCAGGACCUUCAAAGUUCCGUUGCCCCCCAACACGGAUGUCUUCUUCGACCCGGUCUCCGUCGGCGGCGUGCUCGGCUUAGCCUGCUACCAGUGCCCGAGCGUCCGCAAGUCCAGGGCGAACCCGUAUAUCUUCGAGAACGUCGACCGCGCCAGGAUGUCCCUGGAUCAUGCCUUUCCCGAGAAGAAGAUCUGUGUGCACCGCGGAGUGAUCGGCGCCGACGCCCACAAUGUCCCCCAGAUUUUCCAGAGCGAAUCGGACAAGGUGCCACUGGAGGGCUUCGCGCUGGGCCACCUCCUCACGUUGAUGGUCGGCAGACAGUAUAAACUCUGGCAUUGCGGCCGGCAAGCCGAACUCAGAAGGACCACCGGCUUGAGGCAUCUCAUCGGUAACAGGGCCGACGUCCCGUCCCACAUCCUCGACAUGGAACCCUCGUGGAGGAUGCUAUACGUCGUCGCCAUCCGGCGGUGGCUUGACAGCAAUGGGAAAUUCCAUUACUUCCCGGAGCUGGAGACAUGUGGAGCUAUCUGCGGUUAUCACCACUCUCAGAAGCUCCUGAAAGCUUUCGCCGCGCCCCCAAAGGACACAGGAGGCGAGGGCCAAUCCUCCUUCGCCACAGCCGAGAUCCCCAUACCCCUCAGCACGACGACGACACGAGCGCACCCGCAGCUCGACGCCAACUGCGUGUGUCACGCCGCAACGCCGCUGGUGCCUAUCCUCCGGCUUCCCGACGACGGGUCGAUUGUCCGCUUCCCGAUCCCUCUGCCUCCGGGCACGGAUCCGCACUUCAAGAUCGACGUGAGCGUCGACGGCGUCGUAGGGAUGCAGAUGUCCUGCCCGCGCCGGAGGGAACAGCUCAACGCUACCAUCGCUGGGCGUGUGGACGGCGCCGCGAGACCGAUGGACUGCGUGUUCGAGCCUGGGAUGCACAUGUUUGUUCACAGGGCUAUCUUUUCCGCCGAGAUGCAUAACAUCUACCCGAAGUUACGAACAUGGACGCACAAGAAGCCGUCGACCGGUUUCACGUUUGGGCACCUCCUCACGAUCUUGGUGCAGAAGCAGUUUGUUCACUGGCUGGCAUUAACUUCGGCGAGUCGCCUCAUGACUGUGCCGCAAGCCAAUCCUCGGAGCGUGCUGACUGGUCUUGCAGGGAGGGGCGGUCACAGGGGUGACUGA